CGAGCCCCCGUCCCGCGCGGUCACCACCAGCUCAAAGACCGACAGGCUCUCGCGAUCCAAGGCGCUGUCCAGCACUAACGAGUAGUAAUUCUUGAAGGUGGACACCAGCUUGAAGGGUACAUGGGGCAUUAGGGAGCAAGUCACCUGCCCGUUGGCACCUGAGUCACGGUCAGACACGGUGAUGAGGGCGAUGACAGUGCUGAGUGGAGCGUCCUCUCUGAUAGGCAAAUACAAUGAAGUGACCGCCAGUUCUGGAGCAUUAUCAUUUACAUCCAGCACUUUCACCAAAACCUUGCAGUGGUUUGACAUCGGAGGACUUCCUUUAUCAACUGCCUUUACUUGAAUUUCGUAGGAUUUUGUUUCUUCAUAAUCCAGUUUAUCAAUUAACCUGAUUUCUCCUGAGCUGGAAUCAACUUUGAAUUUUUCUUGAAUGUCAUGAGAAAUACCACUGUCAAAGGAAAAGACAACUUCACCAUUUACACCUUCGUCAGCGUCGGAGGCAUUUAAUGUGGUCACUAAUGUUCCAUUUGCUGUAGUCUCUAAUAAGUGGACUCUGUAUACGGCCUGGUCAAACAGUGGGGCGUUAUCAUUAACGUCGAGGACGGUGAUCAGCAGCUCAACUGUACCUUGCAGCUCCGGUUUACCCCCGUCAGUGGCUGUCAGUAAUAAGCGAAGUUCUGGUGUUUCUUCUCUAUCCAAAGAUUUUCUCAAUUCAAGCCAAAGAGAUUUACUCAGUUCAUCAUUUGACUGUACAUCCAAAGAGAAAUAAUCACUCGGGCUGAGGGUGUACGCUAGAAGAGCGUUAACACCAAUGUCUGCAUCAGCAGCUCCUUCUAUCGGAAAACGCGAAUCCAGGAGUCUAGAUUCAGGAAUAAAUAUUAUUUGUUCUCUGCCUCUGAAGACGGGUGGAUUAUCGUUAAUAUCUUUCACCUUCACCUCCACAUGGAAAACCUGCAGCGGCCUGUCCACAAUCACCUCCAGGUGGAUACUGCACUCCGCGCUCCUCCCGCACAGCUCCUCGCGAUCAAUUCGAGAAUUCACAAACAAAAUGCCAUUCUGCAGAUUUACCUCCAGAAGGUCCCCGUGUGUUUUGGACGCCACCCGGAACAGGCGCGGCACCAGCUCUGCCAGCUCCAGCCCCAGGUCCUGAGCAAUGCGGCCAACAAAGGUGCCGUGUUUGGCUUCCUCCGGGAUCGAGUAGUGGAGCUGGCCGCUCCCCAUCUCCCAGGCUGCGAGGAGCAGAAGCGAAAGAAGCAGAUCCUGGACUCCCAGGCCUCCUCUCCUAGAAAACACCAUUGCAAAAGGACUACACCUUUUUUAUGCUCUCCCCUUACUUCAAAAUCAUGCUAUUUUUAUCUAAUAUUUCCAAUCAUUUAUCUCUUUACCGUUUCUGUCUUCUUUCAGGCAGUGACAAAAUGGAGCUUCCUCCUUUACUUUUAGUGAUCAGUAGCUCCUUUUGACAAGACUUUGUGGUGUACAGCGACAUCAUGUGGCCAAUGUAAAGUUUAGAUCCAUUCAUUGAUUUUCAAAAUGCAAUCUCUAUAUCCGUCUGCAAUUUAUUCAAUGUAAUCAUUUUCAAUUUUAUGUCCUUUGAAGACCCACGACAUUUCAAAUCUCAUUGGAGAGUGUGUAAUCCAGCAUUUUCCUUUGGUAAUGAUUACAAACAUAUUACAAUUGAAUCAGAAACUUUAAGAUAUACUUAACCUCUCCUUACAUCAUUUUAUUUAAAACAGUUUAUCAGCUCAUAUAUUUUUAUCAUUAAAUAUUUGCAGCUGAAUGUCAAAGUUUUAAAAUAAGAUACUUUGACUGAUAUGAUUUACCUUAUUCUAGGAUAGCUUGGGUGUUUAUUUUUUAAAUGAUAUUAUACACACACACAUACAUAUGCACAUGUAUAUAUAGUUAUCAGGUACUUACAGAUGACAUUUGGGAAAAUUUCUGAACACAUGUAAAAUUCCUUUAAUGUGGUAUGAACAACUUCAUCAUUUUCUGAUACUUUAACUGUUAGAAUAAAGAUAUUUGUGACAUUU